UAGACGGAGAGACUAUCUAUGCGUAUGUUUAUUUAUUUAUUUAGAUUUUUAGAUUUUUUAUUUUCCUAAAGAGGAGGAAAGAAAUAGAAGUAGAGAGAAGAAGCAAAACAGCAAAGAACUACACAAUCUACACAGAUUGCAGAGUGAGAAAACAAAGAUAAAACGAAUAGAGAUUAGAGAGAGAAACAGACCCUUUUAGAAAGAGAAGGGUUUUUCAGUGGGUUUUGUUUGUUUUAUUUUUCUCUCCUCAUUCCUCAAUUGUCUUCGUCUCUUCCAUCUCUAUCUCUCUCUCACUCUCACUCUCUGUGAAAGUGUGAAGUUAAGCUUCGUUGCAAUCGAAGCUCCCUCUUCCCUCAUUUCUGCUCUCAGCAAAUCUGUACCGUUACAAGUAACAUGAGCAGAAGCACCACGGGUAGGGUGUGCAUUGUACGCCAUUUGUUAUGAAUCUGGAGCCCCAAGCUCAGCGCCUCACCUCCUGCGACCGUCACCCGGACGAGAGCGUCACAGGCUUCUGCGCCUCAUGCUUGCGCGAACGCCUCGAAGGUUUGGACCCGGCGACCCGCCGAGGGAAGACCAACAACCCUGCCGCUUCUUCUUCUACCACUUCCACAGCCGCCUCCGCUCUCAAAGCCAUAUUCAAGGGCUCUUCUGCUGCUGCUGAUAGUGGCAUCCCUAAUCCCCGGAAUAAACCCUCCUCCUCUUUCUUUCCCGAACUCCGUCGUAGCAAGUCCUUUUCCGGCGGAAAAGGUGAGGGCUUCUCCGGUGUUUUCGAGCCUCAGCGCAAGUCCUGCGACGUUCGGGGUCGGAGCACUCUCUGGUCCCUCUUCAACCUAGACGACGAAAGGAAGGCCGAAAACAACCACAACAACAAGAAGGAAGCCUCGGCCCGGGGAGAAGUUGAGGUCGAGACCAAAAACUUAGGGUUUUCUGGGGUUGGAGGACCCGUCUUCGAGUCUGGGGAAGAGGAAGAGGAAGAAGAAGAAGAAGAAGAAGAAGAGAAUGACGAGGAGAUUAGGGUUGCCGAGGAGCCCGCGGUCCCUAUUGUGAAUCCUGUGGUUGUUGUUGACGAGAGACCCCCAGAGAUCGAAGAGGAGGAGGAGGAGGAGGAGCAGGAGGUGGAGGUGGAGGUGGAGCAGGAGCAGGAGCAGGAGCAGGAGCAGGAACAACUGGUGGAAGAGGAAGUGAAGACCAUGAAGGAUCAUAUAGAUCUCGACGUCCAGAGCAAGAAACCCCCCGGCCGGGACUUGAAGGAGAUUGCCGGGAGUUUCUGGUUGGCUGCUUCGGUUUUCAGUAAGAAAUUGCAGAAAUGGAGGAAGCAGAAGAUAAAGAAGCGUGGCGGUGAUGGUGGUGGCUCGACGACAAUGCGGACACAGAAGCCUGCUGGGAAACAUUGCAGGGAGACGCAGUCGGAGAUCGCCGAUUAUGGGUUUGGACGGAGAUCUUGCGAUACUGAUCCGAGGUUCUCUCUGGAUGCCGGUCGGAUGUCCUUCGACGAUCCACGCUACUCUUGGGACGAGCCCCGGGCUUCUUGGGAUGGUUAUCUCAUCGGCAGCAGGACCCUCCCGCGGCUUCCUACGAUGGUUUCAGUGGUAGAAGAUGCCCCUGCCGCCCCUGUUCGAAGGUAUGAUAAUCUGAUCCCCGUGGAGGAGCAGCCCAGAAGUUCCACCGCCAAUGAGGAUGACACCACCCCCGGUGGAUCGGCUCAGACUCGGGACUAUUACUCCGAUUCCUCCUCGUCGCGAAGGAAGAGCCUCGACCGUUCCAGUUCCAUUAGGAAGAUGGCAGCCGCUGUGGUGGCAGAGGUUGAUGAGACUAAGUCAGUUUCGAAUGCAAAGGUGUCUCCUGCGACCAUUGAUUACGUCCAUGGGACGAAGUUGUCUGUUACAGACAGAGAUUUGAAGGAUUUGAACUUGAAAUCGAACUCUAACUCUCUGAGAGAUGACUGCUCGGAGAGCUUUGAGUCUGUCAGAGAUGCAGCUCCUGUCGUGGGUGCUCUUGAACGGAAGGGUUCUAAGAAGUCCCGGAGAUGGAGCAAGGCAUGGAACAUAUGGGCUUUGAUUCACAGACGCAACGGCAGCAAGGAUGAUGACGAGGACGAGAGAUAUUGCAGGGGAAAUGUAGUGGAGCGCUCCCUCUCUGAGUCUUGGCAAGAGCUGCGGAGGGAUGCCGAUGGAGAUGCCAGAGGGGCCUUCAACAAGAAGGUCUUCCGCAGCAAUAGCAGUGUCAGCUCCAGGAGUUCCUUUAGCAUCGGUGGUGGCGGUGGUGGCUCACUUGGCAGUCUGAGGACAAGUGGCAGAGAAGCUAAUGGGCAUGGGAAGAAGAGGAGAGAUGAUUUUGUGUUGGAACGUAAUCGGAGCGCAAGGUAUAGUCCCAACAAUCUUGAUAAUGGCCUCCUGCGAUUCUACUUGACACCAUUGAGGAGCAGUCGAAGGAAUGGCUCUGGGAAGAGUAGAUCAAAGAAUUCACAUUCUAUUACCAGAAGUGUAUUGCGAUUGUACUGAUUCGAAGGUGCAUCAGGUGUUCAUCGAUCAAGUGUUGAUUUACCAUUUUUGUUGUGUAAACACAUAUAUAAUAUAUAUCCUAUAUAUUUCUUGUUGGAUAGAUAAAAGCACAUGUUGAUGUUGCCUUCUCCCAUGCUUAGCAUGCUUUUGUCAAUCUCGUAAAUAAUGAGAAUUUCCAUAUUUCUUCA